UAGCAUUGUAGAAAUUCCGACAGUUAACCGAAGUUGCUACAUGAAAUUUUGCAGGGAAACCAUGGAAGAUAUGGCAGAUGGAGACUAUUCUGAUUCUGAGCAAAUGAUUAUUAAUGACCUUACUGCAAUGUCACUUUUGCAACAUGUGCUGUUCGGAAGGCUAUUCAAAACACCACGUAAUACCUCUAAAUUAACUGGUGCGCAAAAGACUAGAGAGUGGUUGGAAGGACAUCCAGUUAGAUUUUAUGAACAACUUCGUGUUGAUAAGCACACCUUCUACUUAUUGCGAGAUGCAUUGUGCGAGAGGAAUUUACUUACGGAUACAAAACGGAUGGACGUCAAUGAACAACUAGUCAUAUUUCUACAUACAAUUGGUCACAAUGUUAGGAACCGUGUUAUCCAGGAUAGAUUUCAACAUUCAGGAGAAACAAUAAGUCGGCAUUUCAAGAGAGUAUUAAAAGCCAUUAAUGGCUUACGUGAUGUUUACAUAAUAGAUCCGCCCAAUGAAGUUCCCAACGAAAUAUUGGGCGACUCAAGGUUUUACCCAUACUUCAAGAACUGUAUGGGAGCAAUUGAUGGGACACAUAUUAAUGCAAAAAUCAAGCUUGAUAAACAAACUCCUUACAGAAAUAGGCAUGGUUAUCCCUCUCAAAAUGUAAUGGCAGUAGUGUCAUUUGACAUGACAUUUUCAUAUGUGGCUGCUGGAUGGGAAGGUUCCGCAUCGGAUCAAGCCGUAUUAAGGUAAGUUUUAUCUCGUGGACUCGGGCUAUGCAAAUACUCCAAGAUUUAUUGCCCCCUAUCAUGGAGAUCGCUAUCACAUUGGUUCUUUUCGUGGAACUAAACGUCGAUAUAGUAUUGAGAAAGAUUUGUUCAAUCAUCG